GGAGGAGUGCUGUAUGCCCGGUCUGUCAUACUGUGUAGCCUACUAUCUCGACUUAUCACGGGGACUUUUGCCAAACAAUGAAUUUCUAUCAGAGAAAAUAGUAAGUAGUUAAGAUAAAUAAAAAUAAAAAACAAGGAAAAAGACAACCGGGAACAUUGAGUCGUCGCGACAGAAAAUUACGCAGGAUGGGCGAGCGGGCGGACACUGCUUUUAAAACCACUGGAUCCAAGUGGCUGCUGCCUGUCAGUGAAUACUUGGGCUUUCCCCUUGAUCAGGUGAAUUUUAUGGUGUGCCAGCUGUUUGCCCUGGCUGCUGCCUUCUGGUUUCGUCUCUACCUCAGUCCUAGCCAUGCCAAUCCAUUGGUCAGGCACGCUGUGGCCACUCUCCUUGGCAUUGCUUUUCUCAUCUUCUGCUUUGGAUGGUACUCAGCUCACAUCCUGACAGUGGUGGUAGCAAGCUACUUGAUCAUCAACAAAGCUGACAUCAACAAUGUACACAGGUAUUCCAUGGUGAUGGCUAUGGGCUACUUGACACUGUGCCAAGUGAGCAGAAUCUUUAUCUAUAACUAUGGAGUUCUGUCCACUGACUUCUCUGGGCCUCUGAUGAUAGUAACCCAGAAGAUAACCACACUGGCUUUCCAGCUCCACGAUGGUAUGUGUAAGAAAGCUGAACAACUGACCCCAGAGCAGAAGCCUCUGGCUAUAAAUGUAAGGCCUUCUCUCAUCGAGUACCUGAGCUACAAUCUGAACUUCCUGAGUGUAUUGGUGGGACCAUGCAGUAACUAUAAGGAAUACAUAGACUUCAUCGAGGGCAGACACAUCAGCAUAAGGCUUAGGCAGCACUCUGCAAUGUGUAAUGGGCAGAACGGUUAUGAUAAGACACCGGAGCCAUCACCUCUAAACGCUGUCUGUCGAAAAUUGCUGGUCUGCAGCGGAUGUAUGCUGUUCUUCCUCACAGUGACUCGGUCCUUGCCAAUAAAGUACAACGUGGACCCCCACUUUGUCAGCCAAGCCCCCUUCCUCACAAGGCUCACCUACGCUUUCUUCUCCAUUCAAGCAGCAAGGCCCAAAUUCUACUUCGCCUGGACACUGGCUGAUGCAGUCAACAACGCUGCAGGUUAUGGUUUCUUGGGGAUGGAUGAAAAUGGACAGCCAUCUUGGGACCUCAUGUGCAACCUCAACAUCUUGGGGAUUGAGACCGCCACUAGCUUUAAGACAUUCAUAGACAACUGGAAUAUUCGAACAGGAAUUUGGCUCAAAACGGUGUGUUAUGACCGAGCCCCCAAACACAGGUUGGCGUUGACCUUUAUCCUGUCUGCCCUGUGGCACGGUGUUUACCCAGGGUACUAUUUCACCUUCAUCACUGCCAUCCCCAUCACCAUGGCAGCACGAGCUGUACGUAAGUCACUUCGCCACUACUUCCUGGGCUUCAGAGGCUUGAAGCUAGGUUACGACAUUUUAACUUGGGCUGCCACCCAGCUGGCCAUCUGCUACACCGUAAUGCCUUUUCUACUUCUUGCAGUAGAGCCCACUUUGGUUUAUUACAGGUAUGUAAAUCAUCUUAAGUCCUCUCGCCUCUUAAGUCCAAUUCAUGCUUACUGCUUUCGUGGGACCGCGUGGUUACGCGUGACACAAAUUUUGUCAUAGUUCUCGCCAUCUUGUUUUCUAAUGCACAUGAAGAGCGUCGCACGCAGACCCCCGGAUUGUAGUAAGUAUAGAAGUGCUUGCACGUCUGCCCUGCACAUGCAAGUCUGCAGCUAACAGCAUUUGUAUUGAAGUUUGAAUAAAGACGAGAAGGUACAAACAGUGAAAUGUGGUUAUGAGA